GUCCUGCGCACCACCCGCCAUCACGAGCUGAACUGGAGACGGAUAGGAAACCCCGCUGCAGACCCCGAGCGCCGGCCUUCACCCCGACCCUGUCUCCUCUUGUUCGUUUAGAGGUGUCGCUAAAGGAUUAAUGAGCCAAAAAGGCUCCCUACUUCUCCUUUAAGGCUCAUUUCGGCGUUUUUCGGCUUGUCGUCUGGACUGCCUUACAUCUUCCCUUUCAUAUUCACUUCAUUCGAGGAUACCUGUACCUCUACUGAUGGAACAGGGUCACUCCAACGUUCUCCUGCAGCCGCCCAACACCACCUAACAUUUCCUGGAAGAACGUGUCCAUUGCCUGCUCCCAACAAACAUGGACUGUUUUCCCAUGCUUUAUUUUCUGUCGAGACAUCAUGAUUCCUGGUAAUCGAAUGCUGAUGGUCAUUUUAUUAUGCCAAGUCCUGCUGGGAGAGAGCAACCAUGCUAGUCUGAUACCUGAAGAAGGGAAAAAGAAAGUACCGGGCCUGCAGGGUCGUUCGGCCGCUCAGAGCCAUGAACUGCUGCGGGACUUUGAGGCCACACUGCUGCACAUGUUCGGCCUCAAGAAGCGGCCACGGCCCAGCCGCUCAGCCACUGUGCCUCGCUACCUGCUGGACCUCUAUCGGCUACAGUCGGGGGAGGCUGAGGAGGGCGGGGCACACAACAUCGCUUUUGAGUACCCAGAGAGGUCAGCAAGCCGGGCCAACACAGUGAGGGGAUUCCACCAUGAGGAGCGCAUGGAGAGGGUGCAUGAUCUGUAUGAUGGAGAAACCAUGCCCCUUCGCUUCCUAUUCAACCUCAGCAAUAUCCCAGAGGACGAGCUUCUCUCCUCUGCCGAACUUAGGCUCUACCGUCAUCAGAUUGAUGAGGCCAUCGCUGACGCCUUCUCAGACCACCAGGGGCUUCACCGGAUAAACGUGUACGAGGUGCUGAAGCCGCCGCGGCCGGGGCAGCUAAUCACGCAGCUCUUGGAUACGCGGCUUGUGCGGCACAAUGCGUCGAGCUGGGAGAGCUUUGAUGUGAGCCCUGCAGUGCUGCGUUGGACUCGCGAGGGCCUACCAAAUUAUGGGCUGGCCGUGGAGGUUCUCCAUCUCAACCAGACGCCACGCUACCAGGGCCGACACGUCCGCGUCAGCCGCUCACUGCACCAGGAACCUGGCGAGGACUGGGAGCAGCUACGCCCCCUCCUGGUUACCUUUGGCCAUGACGGGAAGGGUCACCCGCUGACCCGCCGGACCAAGCGCAGCCCCAAGCAGCGGGGCCGUAAACGCAACCGCAACUGCCGGCGCCACGCACUAUAUGUGGACUUCAGCGAUGUAGGCUGGAAUGACUGGAUAGUGGCACCCCCUGGUUACCAGGCCUAUUACUGCCAUGGGGAAUGCCCCUUUCCUCUGGCGGAUCAUCUGAACUCAACCAACCACGCCAUUGUUCAGACACUGGUGAACUCUGUGAACAACAACAUUCCCAAGGCCUGCUGCGUGCCAACAGAGCUCAGCGCCAUCUCCAUGCUCUAUCUAGACGAACAUGACAAGGUGGUCCUAAAAAACUACCAGGAAAUGGUAGUGGAGGGCUGCGGCUGCCGCUAACACACAAACUAACAGGAACUUGGCCUGGUGCCAUGAAAGAAAGUAACAUGGACGCUAAAACAAAUCAGAAGGUCUUUACUCCCAAAAAAUGUUCACUUGGACCCUUAUUUAUAACUUUUAUGUCGAGGUGUAUGUUUGUCUCACUUUUUUUUGUUUCUUUGACAAUAUGAUCAUAUAUUUUGACAAAAUAUAU